AAGAGUCCUUUCGCGUCUCGGCGCAGGUUACUGCGCAUGUUGAUCUUAACAGAGCAUGAGCGCAUGCUAGUAGUUUUCCUUUCAUUAUUCUCCGAAUUUCCGUAUACUUUAUUCUAAAAUGCCACCAAAAGGUAAAGGUGGCAAGGGUGGUAAAGGAGCUGCUUCAGGAAGUGCAGACGCCGAUAAGAAAGAAAAAGCACCUAAAGGAGGCACCGCUGUGAAGGUUCGGCACAUCCUCUGUGAAAAACAUGGCAAAUGCAUGGAGGCAAUGGAGAAACUGAAGGCUGGAGUCCGUUUCAGUGAAGUAGCGUCACAAUACAGUGAAGACAAAGCUAGACAAGGAGGUGAUCUGGGGUGGAUGACUCGGGGAUCGAUGGUUGGACCUUUCCAGGAUGCAGCAUUUGCCCUACCUAUCAGUUCCAUGGAUAAACCUGUAUACACAGACCCUCCUGUCAAGACCAAGUUUGGGUACCACAUCAUUAUGGUGGAAGGGAAAAAGUGACAUUGGAUGGCUCAGCAUUUGCUAUAUUGUGAAACUGAUUUCCUAAUUUCACUUCUUUUUGAAAGGCUAAGAGGUUAAGAACACGAAAAGGAAAUGAUUCUUGUGUGAAAUACUCUCGGUUUGUCUUUGUUAUACAUACACUACCACAGUGACAAUUCAACCAGCUUAAUUUUUACAUUCACAUAAUCACCUGGUUUUUCCUUUUCAGUUUGAUAAGUUCUGUGUAAGUAAAACCACAAAUGGCCAAAUAAAUUAAUUUUCACCUAUGUA